CAUUCUCGGGCUCUUUACUGUAGCUAGCUUCUGCCGUCUUAGCCAGAGGGCCCUAUGAUAGAGGAAGAACAAGAUAAGUUACUUCAGUUCUUGAUGGGACGCAUUGGCGGUUGUCCGUCUCAGUCCUACCUCUUGCAGGACUAGUGUGCUUUCAAACAAUUCGCAUCACUCUUUUUUUUUUUUUUCGACAACUUUUCGUCGUUAUUGUGGGUGCGUCCAAUUGCAAUUGCAUCCUUCAUUUCAUUUUUGGAUAAAACCAUUCCUUUGGCCAGUUCUUCGAGAAGGUUUUCGUUUCGUCCAUUCAGCCGCGUGUUGUUUUUUCUUUACCACAUUCCAUAAGUGUGUGCUGCAAAGCGUCAGGAACGACAGAAUUUCCUAGUGAUCGCCGCAUAUUGGCCAACAAACUUAGUGCGUGUGUGUGUGUGCAUUAUUUUGUUGGUUUGUUUUUUUUGCGUGUGUUUUCUUUUUUGCGUUGCGCUUCUGUUUUUGUUUGCUGCUUGCCAGUUUGGGACGAAAUACGCGCCGCUGCUGCUGUUACUUUUCGGUCUCUUUUGAUCUGCAGCCAUGCCUCGGGGUAUCUUAUUUCAUUUGCUGGCUAUCCAGGCUAGACACCAAGUGUAGCUUGGCCCAGCCGCUUAUUUUCCAGCCCUAUACCUUCCGUCCAUUCCUUUUCUCUCUCUCUCUCUCUCUCUCUCUCUCUCUCUCUCUCUCUCUCUUUCUCCCUUUCCGAAGAAUGCACCAUUGAUGCCAUCGUAUAGCUCCACCAAAAUUUACCCCACUGAUCUGAGUCUACCGUUGAGCUAAAAAGUCAAACCGUUCACAUCGGCUUUCCAACCUCAAACCAGAUCGACACGAGGAAACAAAAAACAAAAAAGAAUUCUAAUUAAAAAGAAACAAGAACAAAACGAGAAAAGAGAAUACUUUCUUUUCUUGGGAGGGGUAGGAAGUGGGCUUUGCCAGAACGCAUAUGUGUUUUGUGUAAGGUGUUGAAGCAGUAGCUAUGGUAACUUGCAGCUCUUAACUGGACGCCACGGUGGAAGGUGUUUUUCGACCAUGGCCAAAGAGCAACACCAGGUGCAGAAUAGUGUUGACGCUUUCAAGGAAGAAUCCAGUUGCAAAACCAACACGAGCUUGGCAACGGCAAACACUUUGAGCAACAUGUUACAGUGGCCAUCUUUGAAGACGGUGCGAUGUUGGCAUCGUUUGACGUCACAGGCCGGUGCUUCGACAAGCGAAUUAAGUGAGACGACGGCAGCAAAGUGCAACAAGAGCAAGACGACGAGAUGGCGGAACACUGGGCGCCGCAAUGCCACCAUCGAUGCGCUGUGGUGUUGCACGGUGGUCGUGUUUUUGCAGGCGCUGCUGGUUCACGGUCAAGGGCCCGGACCAGGGCCCGGCCGGAAAUCGUUCGAUCGCCUGAUUAACGUGGCCAAUCCGACGAACAUAAUGCCCGAUCAGUUGAUGCAGUCGAGGGCUGUUGAUAUGAGGAUCCAGUUGGAAGUGGCCGAGGAGAGGCCAGCCGGAACGGUUGUUGGCGUCAUUCCGACCAAGCCCGGUUUCACGUAUCGAUUCAACGAGAAUCCUCGUGAAUUCCGUUUGAACGGAACGAGCGGCGAGAUCGUGACGGCUGUGGUCCUCGACCGCGAGGCACUCUCAUCUGAUCGUUUCGAUUUGGUGAUCUUGUCGAGUCAGCCGACGUAUCCGAUCGAGGUGCGCAUUCUAGUGGUGGAUAUCAACGACAACGCGCCAGCAUUCCCCGAGCCGACGAUCGAAGUUUCCUUCUCGGAAAGCGCCAACGCCGGGACGCGCGUCAUCCUGGACACGGCUACCGACGGCGACGCUGGAGACAACGACGUCACCACCAACUACGAAAUCGUGGGUGGCAACGAAGAGCUCAAGUUCAAACUGGCCGUGACGACGAAUCCAAGUGGAGAAACGCCUUAUUUGCAUUUGGAGACGACGGGCAAGUUGGAUCGCGAAACCAAAAACCACUACCGGCUCAAUAUAUCAGCGCAGGACGGCGGGCAGCCACCCCUCUUCGGCUAUCUCAUCGUCAACAUCACCAUCGUCGAUGUCAACGAUAAUCCGCCCAUUUUCGAUCACAGCGACUAUGUCGUCUCCUUGAACGAAAGCGUUGCUCCUGGUACCCACGUCAUGCAGGUGACGGCCACUGACAACGAUGCGGGCGAAAACGCUCGCGUCACCUAUUACAUCUCCGACACCGAGACGCAAUUUGCGGUCGAUUCCGAAACGGGCGUCAUUACCACCACGGAACAGUUGAAUUGUCAACGCAGUUGCCCGCAGUUGGUCUCGUGCAACAAGAGCUGCGUUUUCACCGUCUUUGCUCGCGAUCACGGCAGCCCCAGACAAGACGGACGCACUUACGUCACCGUCAAUUUACUCGACGCCAAUGACCACGAUCCCAUCAUUCGCUUUCGAUACUUCCCAGCCACGGCCGAUUUCGCUACGGUCGACGAAAACGCUCAAAACGGAUCCGUCGUCGCCGCCGUCUCCGUCAUCGAUUUCGACGAAGGCGCUAACGGUGAAACGACGGUGGAAAUCAAAGCCGGCAAUGAACUGGUCCACUUCCGUCUGGAGGAGACGCCCAGUUUUCAUAUCGUCCGUGUCAACGGCGUCCUUGAUCGUGAAAAAAUUAGCAAGUACAAUUUGACCAUAGUGGCCACCGACAGCGGGACGCCAGUCAGGAAGGCCAUGGCUUUCCUUAUCAUCCAUGUCAACGAUGUCAACGAUCACGAACCCAUUUUUGAGAAGAGCGAAUACUCGGCCGUACUCAGUGAACUGGUUCCCAUCGGGUCGUAUGUCGCCGGUAUCACGGCCACAGACGAGGACACGGGCAUCAACUCCAACAUUUUCUACGCUAUCGUCUCGGGCAACGAUCAACAGUGGUUCGAAAUCGACAUGGUCAGCGGAUUGAUAACGACGCAGGCUCAAUUGGAUCGCGAACAGCAGGAUUCGGUGGAGUUGCGCAUUUCGGCGAGAGACGGCGGGCCGAAUCCUCGUUGGGCCUACACGCACAUUAAAAUCACCAUCUUGGAUGAGAACGACGAGCACCCGCAGUUCGUGCAACAAAGUCUGAAGCAGGUCAACUUGUCGGAGAACACGCCUCCCAACACGCUGGUUGCCUUGCUGACGGCCGUUGAUCACGACCAAGGAACCAAUGGCUCCGUUUCCUACAUGUUUGACAGCGAGAUGGAUCAACGCUAUCCAGGGAUCUUUGCCAUCGACGCCAGCACUGGACGGGUGACGACAAGGACCAAACUGGAUCGAGAAGUCAUUCCUGAAUACGAGAUCAAGGUCGUCGCUCGUGAUCAAGGCAAUCCACCCCUCUCUUCCACCGCAACCAUCGUUCUCCGUGUCCUGGACGCCAACGACAACAGCCCCGAGUUCUAUCCGCAACAAUAUCUCGUGGCCGUCAGCGAAACUCUACAAGUCGGCGAGGCUGUUGUGACGGUGACGGCUAUGGACGAAGAUGAGGACGAAAAUGCUCAAGUGACGUACAGCAUCAAAAGUGGGGCCGAAGGUGCCUUCGACAUCGAAGAGCAAACUGGAAUUAUCCGCUUGCGGAGCCCGCUCAAUAGUGCCCGAAAAGCUCACUACAAACUCAAAGUGGCUGCCAAAGACAGGGGUGAUCGCAAGGCGGUCGAAGACGCCGUCGUCGAGAUUCUCGUCGAAAACAGUCCAGCCAAUUACCUGGACUUCGGCAGCAGCAGUUAUCACUUUGUCGUUGUCGAAGAUCCGGGCAAGAAGGAGCCAGGCAUCGGGCGCGAAGUCGGCCGUCUCAGUGUCAACAACAAACAAGUGCAAUCCAGUCCGAAAUAUUCCAUCAUCGGCGGCGAUCCGUUGCGAGUGUUCCACGUCGACGAGACCACGGGCGUCUUGACGACGGCCAAGCGCAUCGACCGCGAGAAGCAAUCGCACUACGAACUCUUGGUUGUGGCUCGUUCUGGUUUCUCCUACGGAACCGUUUCGGUCAAUGUCACCGUCCAGGAUGUCAACGACAAUCCGCCUCGUUUCGACAAAGCUCGUGCAGUCGCCCGAGUCGUUGAAAACUGGCCAGCCGGUCACGAAGUCUACUUGGCCAAGGCCGAAGAUUUGGACACGGACAACAACAGCCGCAUCACUUACAGCCUCAGUUUGAAUCCGCACGAGCUGUUUACCAUCUCCUCGACGCUGGGCAUGAUCUAUCUCAAUCGGCCGUUGCAGAAUGAACUUUCGCAUUUCGAUAGUUCGCUAACGUUGGAAGUGACAGCCACCGACGAUGGUGCGCCACCGCUGUCUUCUCGCCAGUUGGUGACCCUCAAUCUCGAAGACGUUAACGACCACACCCCCGUCUUUGAAUACCUGUCUUAUGAAACCUCCCUCUUGGAAACCAUAUCAGUCAACGAGCGAUUUUUCGCCCUGUCGGCAAUGGAUCGGGACAAAGGAGUCAACGGACGCGUUUCGUAUUUCAUCAGCGAAGGCAAUGAAGCCGCCAAAUUCGGAAUCUUCCCUGACGGCAUGCUGUACGUCAAGAGUCCGCUCGAUCGAGAAGCCAAAGACUAUUACGCCCUGACUGUGGUAGGCAAAGAUGGAGGAACGCCCGCAAGGAGUUCUUCCGUCUCCGUCACCAUUCACAUCAUCGACGAGAACGAUAACGCGCCCAAAUUCAGCAACGAGACCUUCUCUUUCUACAUUCCGGAGAAUGAGGCCCCAGACUCGUACGUCGGACGCCUGACCGCCUCGGAUCGCGAUGUCGGCCGCAACGCCGAGUUGACCUUCUCUAUAGCAACAUCGCAGAGUGACUUUACCAUCGAUCCCAAAAGCGGAUUCAUUAAAACAAUGCGCUACUUUGACCGCGAGCGACUCGUGCAAACCACCGGCCAAGACUAUGUUGUCCUGGAAGCUGUCGUGUCGGACAACGGUGUCGUCCGAUUGCGAGAUCGCGCCCGCAUUCACGUCUACAUUCUCGACGUCAAUGACAACGCGCCCGUCUUUUCGCGGUUGCCCUACAAAGCCCAGGUGUCGGAAGGCGCCUCCGUCGAGACUCAGGUGUUCCGUGUUGUCGCCACCGACGCCGACGACCAGCUCAAUGGUGGCAUUUUCUAUUACAUCACGGAAGGCAAUGGCGACCACAAGUUCCGCAUCGAUGAAGCCACGGGUCAGUUGGUGUUGAACCGACCGCUCGAUCGAGAAACGACCGAUCGCUACACGUUGAAGAUCGGAGCGCGCGAUGCUGGAGUUCCCAAUCUGAGUACGUCGACGACAGUCGUCAUCGACGUGCUCGACGAGAACGAUAACGCACCCGAAUUUAUGCACAGCGAAGCCAAAGUGUCGGCAUUGGAAACGUUGGCUGUCGGCUCUGAAUUGGUGACGUUCCAGGCGACGGACGCCGAUCUGGGUAUCAACAGUGAAAUCGCGUUCAGCAUUGGAGCGGGCAACAUGCACGACACUUUUCGCAUUGACCCUCAAUCGGGUACAUUGUACCUGGAAAAGCCAUUAGACUUUGAGAUGCAGCGCUCCUAUCAUCUCAACAUCACGGCCAGCGACCAAGGCAGCCCGCCUCUCGUCUCCAGCAUCACUUUCGUCAUCACCGUCGAGGAUGCCAACGAUAACGCACCCGUAUUCCCCAGCACGGCGAUCGUCCGGCAAAUCCAAGAAGGCAUUCCGUUGAACACGCCCAUCGUCACCGUUACAGCCGAAGAUCCCGACUCGGGGCUAAACAGCCGCAUCCGCUAUUCGUUGAUCCAGCAGGAACCUUCUGUUUUUAUCGGUCUUCCAUCGCGAGGUGGUUCCGGUCCGCAUUUCGCCAUCCGGCCGGAUACUGGCGUCGUCUACGUCGUCCGUCCCAUCGACCGCGAAUUUGCCGACACGUUCCGUUUAACGGUGGUAGCGACGGAUCAAGCAGAGCCGGCCAGCAACCGGAUCUCGGCUGAGAAGUUGGUGACGGUGAUUGUGGAAGACGUCAACGACAACGCUCCGACCUUCACCUCUGUCAACGCCGGUCUUUUGCCGAAAGGCGCUGAACGUGGACACGAGAUUCUGCGCGUUCACGCGGCCGAUGCCGACGCCAACACCAAUGGAUUAGUCACUUACGAACUGGUGUCGGGCGAUGCGGAACUGUUCGCCUUAGAGCGGACCACCGGCAGGCUGACCCUGCGCAGAGAGAUCCCUGCCGCCGAGAUAACGUACCAGUUGAGCGUGAGGGCGACAGACGAAGCUGUUCACUCGCAACGCAAAUCAACCGGAACGCACAUCACCGUCAUCAGCGUGACAGACGAUAUGACCGGACCGCUGUUCACCAAGAAACUUUACGCUGGAUCGGUUUCGGAGAAUGAGCCUGCCGGCACCAAUGUGCUCACCGUCAGCGCACGUUACACUGGCAAUCCGUUAGCUGACGUCGAGUAUUUCAUAUACAACGUGACCGCCGGCCAACGCGGCGUACCGUUGCUUUUCGAAAUUGAUUCGGAAAGCGGUGUCGUAUCGACGUCGGCCAUCCUCGAUCGCGAGGCAGACGCCGAAGAGUACGAACUUGAUAUCAUCGCCGUCACUAGAGGCACUGCUUCGCCACAAACAAGCGUUUGCAAGGCUCGCAUCAAGAUUGUUGACAAAAACGAUAGUCCGCCUGUAUUCCGUGACGACGAUGCCAUCAUUUCGGUAUCGGAGGACUUAAUUAUCGGGCAACCCAUAACUACCGUCACAGCUACCGAUCUUGAUAAAUCGGGCACUGUGACCUACACCCUCGUCUCCGGCGAUGAUGGCAAAUUUACGUUGGACUCUUCCAAAGGAAUCCUGACUCUUCAGGAUACUCUCAACAGGGAGUCACAGAGUCAGUACAAGUUGACCAUUAAAGCUGACGAUGGGGAGCAAUUCACCGAAACUGUCAUCGUCGUUAAGGUUAUGGACACGAACGAUAAUUCUCCAACUUUCAGCGAGGCAGCAUAUUCGUUCGAUAUACCUGAAGACACUGGACGAGGAGCAUUCGUGGGAGCUGUUGUGGCCAAUGACAUGGAUGAGGGAAUCAACGCUCAAGUUUCUUAUACGGUUCUUUCUGAUUGGGGCAACGACGUCUUUUCGCUUAAUCCUCAGUCGGGUGUUUUCACGUUGACUUCUAGGUUGGACUACGAACAGGUGCAGCACUACAUUUUCGUGGUGCAAGCCCAGGAUACUGGGCGUCCCAGUUUGUCGUCAACUGUAACCGUCUAUUUCAACGUUCUCGAUUUGAAUGACAACGCACCCCUCUUUGACCCCAUGAGCUACAGCGACGAAUUGUAUGAAAAUAUAACAGUAGGAUCCAGUGUCAUUACUGUGAGCGCCACUGAUCAGGAUUCCGGAGACAAUGGCAAACUAGUUUACAGCAUCAUCGGCGGAAACGAAAACGAACAGUUCCGCAUCACUCAAAACGGCACGAUAAUGACGUCGCAGUCGCUUGACCGCGAAACGCAGUCGCUCUACAACCUUGUCGUCAUGGCUACUGAUCAAGCCAAACCACCGGAAAAACGCUUGUCUUCUACUGUGCAGGUUACCAUCAUCCUGAAGGACGUCAACGACAUGGCACCAGAAUUUGUAUCCUCAAACGAGACUACGGUGAUGGAAAACAUCCCAAUAAAUACAGUAGUGAUGGCCAUGAAAGCCAUCGACAGAGACGAAGGGCGCAACAGUUACAUCGAGUACUCGUUGGCACCGAUCGACGACGGCUGUUUCACACUGGGCCCUGUUGAUGGAUUACUCAGAGUGUCGGCAUUGCUAGAUCGUGAAAGUCGUGCUAAUUACACGCUGCACGUCAUGGCGUACGACCGCGGCCUGCCGUCACGCUCACAGUCGCUCAACGUUUUGGUGCGCGUCCUAGACGAGAACGAUAACAGCCCUCUCUUUGACCCCAAAGUGUACAGUGCCAGUGUUUCCGAGAACGCCACCAUCGGAUUGAGUGUCCUUCAGGUUUCGGCCACUGAUUUGGACGAAGGCCUCAACGGUCGCGUCCGAUACACUAUCGUCGGCGGCGACAUCAACUUUGAUUUCCAUAUCGGCGAAGAUUCGGGCAUCAUUCGAGUGGCCAAGAACUUGAAUUUCGAGCGGCGCUCACAAUACGUCUUGACGGUUCAAGUCGAGGAUUCGGGAAAUGACGUCCGUUACGAUACCGCUACGGCUACCAUCACCGUUAUGGACAUCAACGAUAACGCCCCCGUGUUUUUAGACUCACCCUACGUCACCUACGUGAUGGAAGAGAACAGCCGACUACCUGCGCCCAUCAUCACUGUCAAAGCCCACGAUGCUGAUUCGCCACCCUUCAACAGGGUUCGAUAUCUCAUCAAGGAUGGCGAUAAAGGUCUUUUCCGCGUCAACAGCACCACUGGAGAAAUAACCGUUCUGCGCUCGCUUGAUCGCGAAUUUCAGUCACGUUACGACAUUGUCGUUGUCGCAAUGGAUUCGGGUGUCCCCGUUUUGACUGGAACUGGAACUGUGAUGAUUUUUGUCGAGGAUGUCAACGACUACAGUCCAGAAUUUUCCCAGAGUCAAUACAGGAGCGAAGUGAUUGAAAACGGCCCUGUGGGUUUGUUUGUGACGAAAGUGUCUGCAUUUGACAACGAUGCCGGCGAAAACGCAAUCAUCAGGUACGAGCUAAAGAAUGAAAAGGAAAAAUUCCGCAUUGAUCCGAAUACUGGAAACAUCGUGACGAAGGCCAAGUUGGAUCGCGAGGAGCGCUCCGAGUACGAGCUAAUUGUCGUAGCGUCUGAUUCCAGUUUGACCAACGCCCGUACGGCCCAAGUCACCGUCAUUGUGCACGUGAACGACGUGAACGACCACCCGCCCGUUUUCAAAGAGAUGCUCGAUAUUGUUUACGUUCCAGACAACAUAGAGCCGGGGCAAUUCGUAGUGGGUGCCAGCGCAGCUGAUGCCGACAUCGGUCUGAAUGGCAAAAUCAUUUAUCAAUUGUUUGGCGACGAUGCCGGCAAGUUCAGCAUCAACCAGGAGACUGGCGUCAUCAAAGCGUCGAAUUCCCUGGCUACGUCGGUUUCAAAAAUGACCAACUUCAAAUUGGAAAUACGCGCAUCAGACAGUGGAACAAAUUCAUUAUCCUCGACUAGUGUUGUCGAAAUCCGAUUGCGCCCUGCCGACCAGUUCCCCGUCGUUCGCAGCGAAGCCAAGUCUUUCACGUUCAGUGAACAAAUCGAAAAUCGAGUCUUCACCAGCGUAACAGCUACGUCACCUAAACCUGGAGCCGCUGGAGAAAUUCAGUACGGCAUUGCGGGCGGCAAUACGGGAGACAUUUUCCAAGUGAACGCCAAAACUGGCGAAGUUUCCAUCGGCAAAGGGUUGGACUUUGAAAUCACAAGCCAAUACGAAUUGUGGAUUGAGGCUCGAGAUUCCGACGAGACUUCGCUGGCCAGCGUGACUCGUUUGCUAAUCAACGUCACCGACUUUAAUGACAACACUCCCGUGUUCGAUCACGUCAUCUAUUACGCUAGCAUUUUGGAAGAACAGUUCCCUCCGUCUCCACUGAUGGCCUCAGCUUCUCCGCGUAAUGGCGCUGACCAUGGUGCAUGGGACAAUCGGGCGUUGCUACAGGAUGGGAAAGCUGGUUUAGGUUUUUCGCACGGUGGUUCGCGUCAUCCGACAAGCGGGCACGAGAAUUUCGCCACCAACCAAAUCGAUCGAGUUCGAGGUCACAAUGCGACCGACAAGAUAGUGCUGACGGUGCACGCGACUGAUUCGGACUCGGGGCGCAACGGUCUUGUUCGCUACCAGUUGCGAAACAGUGGCGACCUGGACAAUGCCUUCAGCGUGGACGCCGAAUCAGGCAAGAUUUACACCAACGUCAAACUGGACCGAGAAGACGUUGGCCAUUACACGCUGAUUGUUGAAGCUGUCGAUCAAGGUGCACCUCAGCGCACGGGCACGGCCACCGUUUCAGUCACGGUCGCUGAUAAAAACGACAACCCACCUCGUUUUACCCGCCUUUUCAGCGUGAAUGUAACAGAGAACGCGGCCAUCGGUACGUUCGUUAUACAAGUGACAAGUUCCGACCGUGAUAUUGGUGUCAACGCCAACGCCACCUACAGCUUUACGGAAAACCCGACUGGCAAAUUCCGAAUCGAUCCCGUCAGCGGCAAUGUCACCGUUGCAGGCGUCAUCGAUCGUGAAUCCAAAGAAGAAUAUCUGCUGAAAGUAUCGGCAGUUGACGGCUCAUGGCGCGCUGAAACUCCGCUGACCAUCACGGUCCAAGACCAGAACGACAACGCUCCCGAAUUCGAGCACAGUUUCUACAGUUUCAGCUUUGCCGAGUUGCAGCGUAACGUGGCCUUUGUGGGCCAGGUAACGGCAGCCGAUCGCGACAAGCAAGGACCCAAUGCCAUGAUAACAUACUCGCUGAAACAUCCUUCCGAGUUUUUCUCGGUCGAUCCGACCAGUGGAGAGAUCCUGUCGAAGCAAACGGUUCGCUACAAACACACGAACAAAGGAUCGUCACCCGAGAACAUGUAUACUUUGUGGGUAGUAGCGGCAGACAACGGGAAACCGCCGCUUUCAUCCGAAUGUCUCGUAAGCAUCAACGUCGUCAACGCCAACAGUUACGCGCCUCGUUUCGAGAAACCCGUCUUCUUCUCGCCGGUGCCUGACAGUGCCGUUUUGGGUCAGAACAUUCUGCAGCUGGUUGCCGAAACGGGUCAGUCUGACGCGACGGGCGGCGCCGUCGUUCACGCCAACGCGAUAGAGUACGUCAAAGUCGGCGGCAACGGAUCCGACUUCUUCAACGUCGAAAAAGAUACGGGAUGGGUGACGGUGACUGGUCCACUGUUUGGCCGCCGCGACAUGGAGUUCGUUCUGGUCGUCCGCGCCCACAGCACGGGCGCCCCGCCGACCCACGACGAAGCGCUGGUGCGUCUGGUGGUCACGGGCGAAAAUCGUCACAUACCCGUGUUCACGGCCCUCAGCUAUCAAAUUAUCGUCCAAGAGAGCGAGCCACUGGGCUCAGUUAUUGUCAGCGUCACGGCAUCUGAUAACGACAGUGGACCCAACGGUGUUGUUCGCUACGCCAUCGUCAGCGGCAAUGACGAGAACAAGUUCGCCAUCGACGCCAGCACCGGAGCCAUCAGCGUUGCCAACACGCUAGAUUUCGACACUUUGCAGAAAUUCACGCUGAACAUCACGGCGACCGAUAUGGGCUUUGAACCCAAAUUGGCAACAGCCACUUUGACUGUCAUAUUGACGGACGUCAACGACAAUCCGCCGCGUUUCAAUCAGUCCCAUUACGAUGGUUAUGUUCGGGAAAACUCACCGCCCGAUACUUUGGUCAUCGAUUUGGAAGCGUUUGAUGCCGAUUCGGCCAAGAACAGCGUCAUCCAGUAUUCAAUUAUUGGCGGCAGCGGCAAAGAAUUUUUCGCCGUCGAUUCCGAGACUGGAGUUGUAACCACAAAGAGCUCAUUCGAUUUCGAAGAGAAAACGUUUUACGACUUGGAUGUUCUGGCUUCCAACCCGGACUCUUCCAUGUUUGGCUCAACAGUCGUUCGCGUUCACAUUACUGGGCGCAACGAAUUCUUCCCCAAAUUCGUCCAGCCAGUCUUCCAGUUCACCGUUUCUGAAUCGGUGCCGGUUGGGGCCAGUGUUGGCAUCAUCCAGGCAACCGAUAGGGACAAUGGAGAAGACGGCGAAGUCUUUUACCUCUUCGUGGGAUCCAGCAACGAUCGCGGAUUCCACAUCACACCUGAAACCGGAGUCAUCACUGUGGCUCGUCCUCUGGAUCGCGAAUCGAACCUUCAUUUCGUCAGCAUCUUGAAAGAACAGUCGCCGUUGACCAGCGGCCAGCGUGGCAUCGGCUCCGACUCCAACAAUCAAGACGUGGCCUCGUCCGACUAUUUCGUCAGUCCAGUUGACCACGCUCGCAUUGUACUCUCGGUUAUGGCCAAGAACAGAGGCGGCAUUAGAGGGAACGAUACGGACGAAGCGCAAGUCAUCAUCUCCAUCCAGGACGGCAACGAUCCUCCAGUCUUCGUCCAGCCCGUUUACCACGUGCAACAACUUGUGGAAUCUGCACCAGUUGGCACUAAAGUGGUGACUGUUCAAGCCAUCGACAAAGACGUCCGACCACCGAACAACGAGUUCACCUACUCGAUCCUGGGCGGAGAAGGCAGCAAAGCCUUCAGGAUUGAUCCUCGUACCGGCGUCAUUGAAACGGCCGCUCUUCUGGAUCGCGAGCGUCAAGCCGUCUAUAAUGUGACGGUGGGCGCCAUAGACAGGGGCUCGCCUCCGCAAACAGGCACGGCCGAAGUGCACAUCGUCCUCCAGGAUGUCAACGACAAUGGCCCCACUUUCGAACCGGCGCGCCCAGCCGGUUCGGUUUUCGAGAACGAGCCGCCGGGAACGAGCGUCAUGAUUUUGAGGGCCAUCGAUGCCGACCAGGCGCCCAACGCAGAGCCUUUUACCUACGCGAUAGUAGGCGGCGAACACAAAGAUUAUUUCAUUGUCGACAAAGAUACGGGAGUCGUGCGGACAACCAGUAUCCUCGAUCGAGAAGAGGCUGCUCAAAUGACGGUCGUUGUCGAGAUAGCUGACGGUGGAAGCCCUCAGCUCAAGUCGCAACUCCCCGUCACCGUCAACGUCUUGGACAGGAACGAUAAUCCUAGCACGCCCCGCACCGUCCGACUCAUCGUCAACAUUUUCACUGAGACUUUCAACGGCGGGCGGAUCGCCGACGUCAGGCCCAAUGAUCUGGACAUCUCCGGACAGUACCAGUGCCGCAUCAUCAACGGCCAAUCGGCCAGUGCCACCAAUCUGUUUAGCAUACCGAGAGGUUGCAACUUGCACGCUUCGCGUGUUCACAAGCCCUCUGAAUACAGCGUGAAAAUUUCCGGCAAUGACGGUCUCCACCCAGACGUCACGUCGUCCGUCUCAGUUUCUUUCGUACCAUUCGACAAUAAGACGUUGCAACACAGCGUCACACUGCGCCUGCUGAAUACGACGACGGAGCGUUUGCUUGUGCACCACUGGAAAUCGCUAAUCGACGGCCUGCAGGCAAGCGUUUCUUUCGGCACGGUUCACGUCUACAGCAUUCGCCAGGAAGGCGAGCACGUGGACCUCAUUUUAGCCGUGCACAAAACGCAAGGAGAUUACUGGGAUCAAGACAGCGUCGCCACAUUUUUGGAUGCGGCCAAGGAGCUGACGCAGAAGGCUCUGGCUCCACCCACUAAAUUCGUCACAAAUUACACACCGUGCCAGAACAUGCCUUGCGAGAACGGCGGUGUGUGCACAUCCCAUUUGCGGAUGACCGAAGAAAUGGAGACAGUCGACUCUCCGUCUCUGAUUUUCACCUCGCCCCGACUGGAACAGCAGUUUGUUUGCACUUGCAAAAAUGGCUUUAGUGGGCCUCGGUGUGAACUACGCCAAGACCCGUGCACCCCUACGCCGUGUCGCAACGGAGGUUCCUGCACUCGGCAAGGCUCCGAUUUCCAGUGUAGCUGCCCACUCGGUUUCCAAGGCAAACAAUGCGAUCAAGAACGAAGCCGAGCGUGUGAGCUCACACCGUCGCCAUGCCGCAAUGGCGGAUCGUGCCAAGAGACGCCCGAAGGAGCUUAUUUUUGCCUGUGCCGACCUGGCUAUCGGGGAAACCAAUGUGAACUGACAUCGGAUUCGUGUCGACCCAAUCCUUGCUUGAACGGCGGGCAUUGCGACAAUCGCAAGCCGGGGUAUCGUUGCGUCUGCUCCGACAAUUACUUUGGCACGCAUUGCGAGAGGUCGUCUUUCGGAUUUUCGGAAUUGUCGUACAUGAUGUUCCCGCCGCUGGAAGCCAGCACCAAUGACAUUUCGAUUGUUUUCUCGACCAAUAUGGGCAAUGCACUUCUGGCCUACAAUUUCGGUCAGCAGACUGGCGGACGAUCGGACUUUGUAGCACUGGAGAUUUACCAAGGAAAGGCCCGCUUCAUGUUCGGUGGCUCCCAAACAGCCAUCGCUUCUAUUAGCGUCCCGAAACAAGUGGCCGAUGGCAAAUGGUACCGCGUCACUGCGACUCGGAACGGACGUAUUGGGUCGCUGAGCGUCGGCGAGUGCUCGCUUACUGGUGAAAGCUGUAGAGAUUGCCGAUCAGGUGACAGGACCUGCUCUGCUGACUACACUGGACCUACAGGCACUCUGAACUUCAGCAAUCAGCCAAUGUAUUUAGGCGGUGUUGCGACCAUUGAGGCGAUUCAAGAUCGACCUGGUCAGGUGCACAGCGACGAUUUCGUCGGCUGCUUCCAAAGCGUGUCGGUCAACGGCCGCUCGCUAAAUCUUUCCAGCCCACUUAAAUCGAGAGGAGUUACGAGCACCUGCCAACGUCGUCGAGAUAUCUGCAAUGUCCAUGCGCCUUCUUGCGGAACCGGUGGCACAUGCGUCGAUGGCUGGAGCAAUGCCACGUGCGUUUGUCAGGGAGGACUUCAGGCUCCUAAUUGCUUUGUUGCGUUGGAACCCCUGUCUUUCACGGCCGGUAGUUAUGUCGAGUUCCAUAUCUCUGAGCGCCACCGACGGCGGCAGAUUCUUCAGACCCUCCAUUCCAGUGGCCAAAAAUGGAAAAGGGAAAUACCGGAUGAAAACUCUUGGAGCAACACGCGCCUAAGUCGAGGCCGGCGUGAAAUCGGUGAAGCCGUUUCCAUACACAACUCCGUCUCGGUCAGUUUCAGAACGGUGACGAAAAACGGCUACCUGUUCUUUGCCGCAACCAACAACGAUUUCACUACGUUGAGGUUACAAGAUGGUCUUUUACAAUAUGCCUCGCGAUACGGAUCUGGAUCUUUGGUUAAUAUGACGAUUGAAGAUAAGGCAGUAGCAGACGGAUCGUGGCACAACGUCACCUUGACGUCCAAGUUUAGGGCUUUGCGUCUUUAUCUGGAUGGCGUGGAAGUUGGCGACGAGCUUGACAUGUCUAUCGUUCACGAUUUCGUGGAUCCUUACUUGACAUCCGUUUUAAUUGGCGCCGCUAAUAAAGACGUAUACAACAUGAACGAGGAUAUGUUUGAGUUUGAGGGAUGUCUGGCCAAUUUCACAGUCAACGGUGAGAUCCAGCCGCUCAACGGUUCCGGUGGAAUCUUUGACAGAGUCAUUCACCACGGUCGCAUUUUGGCUGGUUGCAGCAACAGCAUCGCGGGCGCCUCCACUGCCCCUGAUCCUCUAAGCAUUGGCAUCACGCUCGUUAUCGUUUUCUUCGUUAUCCUCCUUGUGGCGAUCCUCAUUAGUUUCGUCGUUGUACGCGUGCGCCGACAGCAACGCGAUAAAAAAGCAGGAUUGCAGAUCAACAAACACAACGGAGGUGCCAUGAUGGGCGGCGGAUCGGUGAACGAUCCGUCUCGAACUUUAGCCGAAUCAGGUUACAUUGAAACUUCUGACGUUAGCGAAGACGGAUGUGUCAGACCAUCGUUGACGCAGGACUUGACAUCGAAAAAGUUCCGCGAACGCGAAGUGGCCGACCACCGGGAAAGAGACAGACCACAACGACCUGACAUCAUUGAGCGCGAAGUGGUGAACAAGUCUCCAGGCGUACCUUUGCGAGUUGAGGAUUCGCAUUUGGGGGAUCACAGUUCCAUGACCGGCCUCGGCGGCUUAGGUGAUUGCGAGGCCCCUGAACAUUACGACUUGGAGAACGCCAGCUCAAUAGCGCCAUCCGAUAUCGAUAUUGUCUAUCACUACAAAGGCUAUCGCGAUGGCAACGUCCGCAAGUACAAGACGAAUCCUCACGUUCCCAGCUACCACAAGCACAACCAUCGUCAUUCGCCGCAUAGCUUCGCCAGUCCUCCCCAUCGCGAGUCCCCAAGAAACAUGCUGAGAUCCAGUCCAGCACCCGGAUUGCCUGGAGGGCCACCAGUAGCACCUCCUCGUGAAUCUCCAGGAGUUUUGAAAAUGCAAAGCACGCCACUAGCUCGUCUCAGUCCAAGCUCUGAGCUCUCGCAACAAACUCCUCGCAUUCUCACACUGCAAGACCUCAGCGGAAAGCCGUUGCAGACGGCUCUUUUAGCUACAUCUCAAGUAGGUGGCGUCAAGGAUGUCAUGAGUACGAGCGAGAGGAGCCUCAACAGUCCCGUCAGUCAGCUGAGUCAGAGUACGAGCUCGAUACGGAACUCGUCCCAGGCUACCAAGAAGAAGAAGAAGACAGGGAGCGAUAUGGGAGUUGCGCUUGGCCUCACAGCCGAAGAAAUCGAGCGCCUCAACUCUCGGCCACGUAAUUCCAGCUUGGUCAGUACACUUGAUGCUGUUUCGAGUUCAAGUGACGACCGGCCAAGGAGUAAGGAAAAGCUGGCAGAAUUAAUGGAAACGAACACCGAGUUGUUGGAAACGGCCGAGAGUUCCACUGACGAGAGUGGCAACGACUCGUUUACUUGCUCAGAAUUCGAAUACGAGAAUAACUACGAAAAAGUUUCACGGGACUUUGGACCAGGAAACAUGAUCUUCUCGAAGCUUGCCGAAGUUGAUAAUGAAAACGAACAUGACAAUGAAUCGGCCAAACACUACGACGGUUUCGACUCUUUCCGCGGCUCUCUUAGCACUCUUGUCGCAUCCGAUGACGACCUGUCAAACAUCAGUGCAUACAAACCUCCCAAUGGAUCAUCGCUGGGAUGGGACUACCUUCUCAACUGGGGGCCAAAUUUUGAGAGCUUGGUUGGUGUCUUUAAAGACAUAGCCGAAUUACCGGACUGCAAUAAUGGUAGAGUAAAUGUGACUUCUCGUAUGGUCGUAGGUCCUAAGGCAAGUGAAGAGUACAUAUAAGUAUCGGAAUCUAUCACUGCGUCGUUGGCUUCAUGGUUAAAGAAAUGAGAAAAUUUCUUUAGCAACAUCAAUAGCCGGCGAACACACAAACAAGUUUUGAGUAUUUUUGGAUACUAAAAAAAGGAAAAUAAGAAGAAGAAGAAGAAAAUAAAAUAAAACCGAAUAAAAAAAAAUAAAAAAAAAAUAAAAAGUUAGAAAAAAACCUUAUUUUUCUUUCCACCGCAGAAUUACAUUUUGAAAGUGUGAAUGUUUUUGGCGGCGAAUAAUUUACCUCUUAAAAAUUAUUGAAUGAUAUGUUAAAUUCGCGUUAGUUUCGUGUUUAGGCUUUUGAAAUGUGUAAUCUGCUCUCCAAUAAUGUGUGUACAGCUUUUUUUGUUCUAUGCUCAUUUUGUGGGAUUUGCAAUUUAUUCUUUGCAUGUAUAUAGAGCAGAUUUGGCAGUUGAUGUACGCAUUGCUCCGUGUGUAGUGCCAAAUAAAGUGUGGUUUAUCAUUUGCCAAA